UGAAUGAAAGAUGUUUACGACACUCUUGUAAUAAUAAGCCAAGGGAUUACGUAAUAAAACAAUAAUGGGACGAUUAUAAGAAUUAAGAUGUUCGAGUGUGAAACGGUAUCCGAAAUUGUCUUUACCCAAUUCAAAGUUGCAGACGACGCUUUCCCACAACCCACAACCCACAACACCCACAAGGCAGCAGAGAGCAUUGUGGGACAGCAGCUAUGGCGACAGACGAUUGCGAUGAAGAUGUUAUUUUCGAGAACUCUGCUCUUUAUAAGCACCUUGUUGAUGCAGGGGUUACUGAUAUACCAGUUGAGAAAUCCACUAAAAGCUCUGAGCCUAAAGAAGACGUUGAAGAUGAAUCUGUUGCUGCUUUCCCACCAGAAAAGUCUGACAAUGUGCAAACUAAUAUGGAGCUUCUGAAACAGGUCUUUAGAAAACUGAGAGAGUUUUCUUCCUUUGAUCUUUUUAUCAUACAAAUGUAUUGCCAUUUCAACUGUCAGAUUCUGCAUCAAGUGGCCCGUAACAAAUCUUUGGAAGAUGAUGAUAAAAUAUUUCUAGAAAAUUUCAUAGUGGAAACAGAAAAUGUAGGAAAGGCUUGGAAGAUUCAAACAUUCAUAUUAUGCUGUUUGUACCCAAUCUUUAUCUUCCUUUCGCUGUAUUUAUUGUGCCUUUACAGUCCAGUGGCUGCUAUUCUUAUUAUGAACCCAAACAUUUGUCUGUUUCGAGUAUUAGUAAAAUUUUAUAUCCUCUUUCUGAUUGUCCUCUCACUGUGGAUACUUUGGCACAUAUUAAAUUUGAAACACACAGCAAGCUGUAUCAAAGCCCUUGUUCAACAGAUUGAGGAAUCAUACUUGCUUUUCAAGAAAUCAUUGCGAUUGAUUCAAGAAGUAGAACUUGUCCAAAGAGGAUUUACAUUGGUAAGUAAUCAGAUGACUAUGAAAUCUGGACAGUCUGCUUACAAAUACAAUCGUCUUUGUCCUGAACUCCGUAAAUUAGUCUUCAUCACUGCUCGUAGUAAUAUGCUGUUUUGCCGGAAAUCAACUAAUAUUCUCCUGAGAAUACAUCCAUUAGUGGAAGAAGUAGAUAAGGCAUCUACUUAUUUAGCUCAUAUUCCUUUGGAAGAUUAUGGACCAAGUCUGCAACUUAGUGAAGACAAUAAUGACAAUUUAAGUAAACUGACUGAUGACUUUUCUGUUACUGCUUUAAAGGCUAUGAUGUACCUGUAUAAUAUGCAGCAAUCAGAGCUUCUACGACGACUUGCUCUCUGCUUCUGUAUAAAUGCUCUUCCUGAAGAUCAGAAAGGAACUCUGAAUUCUUCGACUAAUGAUUUAGCUUCAUGUGUGAAAUGUAGCUUGGAAUCAAAUUAUAUAAAACUAAAAAAUAGCUAUGAAUUUCAUCGAAGUGGUUUUCAAGAACCAGAUUCAAAACCCUUCAAUGCGCAUGAUAAGAAACCUUGUUCACCCCUUUCAGAUUUGUAUAUGGCUGUCCACAGUUUAGAUCUACAUUUACAAGCAGCUCUUUGUAGAUCAUCAAAUUUGAGUUCUGAAUUUGAAAAAUAUUUCGAAAUAAAUGCAGAAAAUGAUAUAAGCAACAACGAACAAAAUGAGUGUGAAAUUACUGCUAAAGAAAAUCAAUGGUACUCUCACUUACAAUCAAUAAAAGCUGAACUUGAGGCCUGCCGUGCUUGUUAUGAAAUUGGCUUGGACAAAUUUGAAAAGAUGUUUAAAAAGCAGCAAGAGCCAACUCCAAAACUUAAUCCGAAAAUUAAUACCAAAGAAAAAGACGAGAAAAUUAUUUGUGCUGAAGAUAUCAAUCCAGUGAUUGUUGAUGAGGUAUUUGAGGGCUUCACUGAUGAGAAUGCUGAUGAUUUUGAUUGUAAAUAUGUUCAUUUAUCUGUUGAAGAAAUGGAAAAACAAAGGAAAGAUAUGGAAGAAUCAAAACGUAUGAUGCAUGAGCUGAAAUCUGUGAUUGCAGUUCGAGCUUUUGAUAGAGAAAAACGAGAGGAUAUUGCCAUAAAACGACAAAAGCAAGGUCUUGAAUGUCAACCUCCAUCAGGCUAUAGUAGUGAAGGGGAUCAGUCCGAAGAUAGUUUGCACAGUGACAGCCUUCAAAGUGACAGCUUACAAAGCCAUGUCAUAUCUGCAGCAGAAAAAGACUCUAUGCAAGAGUCUGAAAAUCUUAGUGAUGAUUUACUUGGUGAAGAUAAUUUAGAUUUGGAUGAUAUAAAUAUGUCUGAAUCACAUGGUUCUACUACUACUAGUGACACAGGUUUCAGUCAAGUUUCUUGGAGUAAACAGAUUUCAGAAAAUUCAACUGACCAAGAUUCAGAACCAUUUUUUCUUCAUCAGAAUCAAUCCAGUGAAAUUGAUUGUGAUAUGCAAUUGAGAAAUUUAAUUUUUUCACCUUUAACUAGAAGAACAGAUUGUGAAACUGACAGCUUAAAUAACUUUUCAUUUCCAGAGGAUGUUAGCCAAAAUGCCUUGCAUUCUGAUUCCCCCACCUCAAAAAUUGAUAGUUUGGAUCCAAAUUCUCAAACACCAGUUAUGAACCAAAGCACAAAUAUUAGGGAUUCAGAUAAGUUUAAUUCUUAUCAGUUAAAUCUUCAGUCAGAUUCUCAUCCUUAUCCUUCAGGUUCAGAUAAUUUGAAUUUAGAUGCAGUGAAGAUUGGCGAGGUUGAAAAUAUUACUUCAUCUGAAAUUCCAGCUUCUGAUUCUAACAACAGUUUUUUUCUCCAUCAAGAGAAAGAGGCAGAUCCUAAUCUACAGGGAACAAAUCUUGCUGGCUUACAGGACCGGUUGCUUGCUCGUGAUGAAUCAACUUUUAUGUUUGCUCGAAAUAUUGCUGCACAAGCUUCUGCACGUUGCAAAGAAAAUUUAUUCCUCAAUAUUCAAACAUUUGGUGAUUCCGAUAGUAUUGAAGAUGAUGACAGUGUUGAUAGUGAUAAAGAGAUUAAUGACAGCCUUGCAGAUGAUUCUAAGGUAGAAAAUUCUCAGGACAGCUUUUAAACAUUGUCUAUCAUUGAAUUUAACAAUGAAUUUUACAGUGUUAUCACUUCUUUUCUCUAUAUUUAGAAUAUUACUCACAGCUUAUAUUAUAUUUUUUAAAUAAUUGAUACAUAAUUAAUUACUUUUAUAAGAUAAAUUUUAUUUUAAUUUGAUUAAACUGUAUAAUCUUUUCACAGGAUUUAAUUUAGAGAUUUUUAAAAUGUCUUAUAAACUUUUAAUUUAUUGAACAUUUUUUUCAAUGACACCUAGCAAUUUUGUUUCUGUAUAAAUGCUACAAAAGAUAUUCCUAUUUAAUUUAUUGAACUAAUAAUGGAAGCAAUGUGUUAUUAAUAGUAAAAAAUAAUGACAUUAUUAAUGAUGCUUAUUACAAACUUCAACCUAAUAUGGUCUAUUAAUAUGCUACCAUUACUUCUGUCAUGGUAUUUUAGUUUGAAAGCAC